ACACUUAUCUUUUUCUUCAAAAUGUCUUCUUUUUUCUUUAAUUUUUUUAUUUUCUUCCUAGGUAUUAUUGAACUUGGAAAUGCAAAAUUUCAUUUUAAAGAGCAAAAAAAAUAUCCAACGGUGUAUGUUGAUCCAUCUGGACAUGGAAAAUUUGCAACUAUUCAAUCAGCCAUUGAUUCUAUCCCUCAAAAUAAUCAAUAUUGGAUCUGUAUUAUCAUCAAACCUGGACAAUAUAGGGAACAAGUGAAAAUCCCUAGAGAAAAGCCAUAUAUUUAUCUAAAAGGAGAUAAAAAUGGAGAAGUUAUUGUAACUUGGGAUGCUCAUGGCUCAAUUGAUACUGAUGCUACUUUUACUACUGAAGCUAAUAAUACAAUUGUGGAAAGUAUCACAUUUAUAAAUUCUUAUAAUUAUCCUCCAAAAAGAAACAAACAUCCUAGGGUGGUGGCAGUGGCAGCCAUGAUUUCUGGUGACAAAUGUGUAUUUUUUAAGUGUAAAUUUCUUGGAUUUCAAGAUACAUUAUGGGAUGUUCAAGGAAGACAUUAUUUCAAAAUUUGUACCAUUGAAGGAGCUGUUGAUUUCAUCUUUGGUAAUGGUAAAUCCAUUUAUGAGGUAAAACUCUCAAAUCUUUCGAUAACAGUGUCGUUUGUUCAGAUAAAUUUAACCGUUAUAAUACAAUUGAUAACUUUUGAAAAAAAUCAAUUAAAAACAUAG